AUGGCGACGCCGGUUGCUACCUCGUUCGAUACAAAUCCGGACACAGAUCUUGCUGGUGCCACCUCCGAAGAUGUCGAUAUGACAUCUUCUGCGCCUCAAAACGCCACAGAUGCUUCGAUGGCUACCACAGUCGCGAAUACAAAUCCUAAUGCCACCAAUGGUGUAUCGAUGGAUAUACCCGGCGAAAACGGACCUAUUAUGAAUGGUGGGGUUCCAGGAGACAUCGAUAUGAGGGGCCCCCGACGGGAAAGGAAUCUUCGAGAGUUUCUCGGCAUGAUGGAUGAAUAUGCUCCCAUUAUCCCAGAUGCUGUGACGGACUACUAUUUAUCCCUAUCGGGUUUCCAAACUAGCGAUGUCCGUAUCAAACGUCUUCUAGCUCUUGCAACCCAAAAGUUUAUUGCCGAUAUUGCCGCAGACGCGUACCAAUACGCCCGGAUCCGAACCUCUUCAUCAAAUGCAAACGCGUUCACAGCCGGUGGGGCUCUCCCCGGUGCCGCUGGAGGUCCAUUAGGCGGUACCGGCGGGGGUGGGGGUUAUGCUACAAGUGGACGAAGAGGUGGGAGAAUGGUUUUGACUAUGGACGAUCUCGGUGGUGCAGUGGCUGAGUAUGGUGUUAACACUAAGAGACCGGAGUUCUAUCGGUGA